AUUUCUUCUGAGAUGAUGACCUGAACUGGCAUCAAGGACUGCAGGAGAAGAACCCAAUAGAAUUAACACACAAAGGAUUAAUCCAGAACUAGCCAUGAUGAUGGAUAGAGCUGCACUGCUGGUGUUCUGCUGUCUGGUGAUGUCUGUAUCAGGCGCCCCACUCUACCCAUCUAUUAGGUUUGGUCAGAGGGACACGUCCAUCCUGAUGACCUCCUCUAUAGAGGAAGAGAACAGCACUCCCCUGAGACAAAAACCCGAACUACGAUCAGGAAGACAUGCUGAUGCUAUCUUCACCAACAGCUACAGGAAAGUUCUAGGUCAAAUCUCAGCCAGGAAGUUCCUACAGAGCAUCAUGGGAAAAAGGCUACAAGUAGAAGGCCGGAGCUAUAAUGUGAAAUGCCAGUCAGACAUUUACGAGGGCACCUACAAACAGGAUCUGACAUCUGUUCAGAGAAAACAGAGUUACAGGGGACAGCAAAACAAUGUCAAGAAGCCAAGACUUCUAUGUAGUGAAUGUAAGCGAGGACAAAGUGAAGACAAGAAGUGUCUCCGACUCUAAACACACUCUUUAAUGACCUGAAAGUAUGUCAUAAGAUACUGUUUUUGUUUUCAGAGGGAAAAAAUGCUAUUUUCCUAUCAAAGCUUUGAGUCAAGAAAAUCAACACGUUGCUCAGUUCAUACACUGGCAAACAGAAUUAUACUAAAUAAUAUGUAACCGCAGUUUUCACAAUAAAGCAAAGAGAUUUGAUAUGAGUCCAGUGCAUUCAUUUAGCUUCCUUCAUCCAACUGAAACAAAUGCUUAGUAUAGGCACUAUUAUUUCAAGGGCUUUAGAAUAUGAUAGAAUUACAGUGUGUAUUGCACCGAUAACAAAAAGCAGUACACUCAAAUGAAUCCCCAUUUCUUUAAUUACAAAAACAUCAGAUUUUCCAAGAUUGCCCAUCCACAAUUUUGUUCUGGGGGGGGGGGGUCUUUAUUGUAAUUCAGUGAGG